CUUGUAAGAGUUAAAAGAACAUAUUUCUGAAAAUCAUUCUUUCAGUGAUGGAACGUCUCGUGCAUCUUUGUUAUCUGCAGCAAAGGAUUUUCGAAUUGUUCAGAAAAAAAGUGGCAGAGUUGAUCAAAGGGAGAAUUCUUGUGGGCCACGCAUGGCGCAAUGAUCUUAAGGUAUCUGGCUUUCUAACAUGGUCGUGUAAAGUACCAGAUGUGAUUCUUUCAUCUGAUGGUUUGACUUAAACAGGCAUUGCUUUUAAGUCAUCCCAAGGAGGACAACAGGGAUACAUUAGAGUAUGAACCGUUUAUGAGGGGGGAAGGGUCCAGAAGGGCACUUCGGCGUCUUGCAGCUGAGUUUCUUGACGUCAAGAUCCAAAAUGGAGAGCACUGCCCUAUAGAAAAUGCUUGCUCUACAAUGGUGCUUUAUCAGAAAAACAGAAAAGCAUGGGGAAAGAGAGUUAAAGAUCAAAUUAAGCUCAAACAAAAGCAGAAAAAACGCAAGCCUAAAAGGAAGCGGGCGAAGGGAGAUGAAUUGGAAACUGAUGAUGCAGAAACGGAAUCCUAGUACUAACUUUGUGUUUGCAGUUCCAUUU